ACCUUGCAUAAGUAAGUCUACUAUAAUAUCCAACCUCGUAGUUAGAUAAUUUUAAAUAAUUAAAUGUAUUUUACGUAUGCAGUACAGUUGUACAGAGCAAUCUUGCUUAAAUCGUGUCAAACAUUGUAACGACCUUAUGGCAGAGAGGACAGGUCUAGAUCAUGUUUACGAUUCUUUUUUUUCUUUUCGUGUGGUGACAGAGAACAUUUUGAUGAGUUAAGCGGCGUCAGAUAACGUAUGUUGGCACUGAGAUACAAAAGACACAUCUCUACAGGAUAUGCAACAUUUUUUUUUAGAAAAGUAAGAAUAUAGUUUUCCCGUGCCUAUUACAAAAGCGAAGCUUUAAGUAGUUAGUUUUCGGUCCGUUGCCAUGGUUACGAUUUGAUUCCGGAAGUGGCUCUGCACAACACAAAUAUGUCCGUGCAAAGCUGGGUCGACGUCCUAAAAUCAUCAAAGAAAACGGCUUUGAUUCACGAUGGAAAACGGAAAGUCCACUACCUCUUUGCGGAUGGAAAAGAAAUGGCAGAAGAGUAUGACUUGAGAACAGAUGAACUGCUUGUACGAAAGUGGCGUCACAAAAGCACGCUUGGAGCACAGGGCGGAUGGCAGGAAGAAGUCGGAGAGCCACGUGUUGGUCCUGUCACCUGUUUGGAUGCUGAGAUGAUAAAAGAGAACUGUUCCAAUCCUGUCUUUCUGCGGAAAGAUACAAAGACCAGUUUUCAGUGGAGAAUCCGGAACCUUCCCCACCCAAAAGAUGUCUUUGAUGUUUCAGUGCAGCCAUCUGAGAGAUGUAUUGUCAUCAAAACGUCAAAUAAAAAGUAUUACAAGAAGUUUGCUAUUCCUGAUCUGGAUCGGAGUCAACUGCCGUUGGACAGCUCUGCCUUAAGCUUCACUCAUGCCAAUAACACUUUAAUAGUGAGCUACAAGAAACCCAAAGAGAUUUUAACCCUUGAGCAGAAUCUGAUGAAGGAGCUGAAGAAGUUGAAGGGAACUGGCGAAGGGGACGUUGACUGCAAAACUCAGUGAAUCCUGACUUGGGGGCGGGGCCUGAGAGUACAUCUGAUCUGCAUGUCAAGAAGGAUCUCCUACACUCUUGAUCAAAAUUUUAAGACAAAUUGCCUUAAUAAUAUUUUGUCUUA